AUAAUAACAAUCUCUAAAUCCAUCAAAGCCACAUUUAUUUUCCCAUCAUGGCACCUCUCAUUGUGGAUAUGAAAGAUGUUGUAUUUAUCAAACCAUCUAAGUCUACACCUUCCUCUAUUCUCUCUCUAUCCACACUUGAUCAUAGACCUGACCUUAAUAUGUUAUGCCAUAUCAUUCAAGUUUACAAAUCACAAAAACAUGAUGCUUACCCAAAUGACCAAAUUGACCCUAACCCUAUUAAUGUGAUAAAAAAAUCACUCUCAAUGGCCUUGUUCUAUUACUACCCUCUUGCUGGGAAGAUAGUUAAACAUGAUGAUGGGAAGUUUAGAGUUCAUUGCAAUUCCAAUGAUAGUGUUCCAUUUAUAGAAGCAAUUGCUAAUUGCAAUCUUUCUUCUCUUCAUUACCUUGAUGGUAUUGAUGACAUGGAAGUUGCAAAACAAUUGGCCUUUGAGCUUCCUUCACAAGAUGAUGAAAGUGGACAUCAUUACCCUUUAGGGUUCAAGGUGACCAAAUUUCUAUGUGGAGGAUUCACAAUUGGAAUUGGGGUCUCACAUGUUGUAUGUGAUGGAUUUGGAGUCUCUCAAUUUCUUCAUGCCAUAAUUGAGUUAGCAAGAGGAAGAAAUGAGCCAUCAAUAAAGCCUGUUUGGGAAAGGGAGAGGUUGAUGGGGUCAAUUACCGAAAUGCCCUUGCCGAGUCCUAUCGAUGAUGCCUCGGCCGCCGUUUCACCAUAUCUUCCGACCACAACACUCGUGCAUGAAUGCUUUAAGGUGGAUGGUGAGAGUAUAAGAAGACUCAAAAUGAGAUUGAUCAAAGAAUUUACUAAUCACAAUAAUAUUAAGACUAUGAAAGAAAUUUUCACAAAUUUUGAGUCACUCACUGCUUAUAUUUGGAGGUCAAGGGCUAGAGCCUUGAAACUAAACCAUGAUGGGAAAACUAUGCUAGGCAUAUUAGUUGGUGCAAGAAGACAUUUGGAUCCACCUUUGCCUGAAGGGUAUUAUGGGAAUGCAAUUGUGGAUGCAAAUGUUGUCCUUUCCGUUAAGGAACUCAUGGAGAAACCACUCUCACAAGUUGUGAAGCACAUCAAAGAGAUCAAGAAAGUUGCUUUUACUAGAAACUAUAUCACGGAUUCAAUCAACACUUUGGUGACAAAAGAACAAGAUUUUAAUGUGGAAGGUAUUGGUGCAUAUUUUAAUGUGACCGAUUGGAAACAUUUGGGUUUCUUGGAAAACAUGGAUUUUGGGGGGAAUGUUCUAGUGAAUUCUUUACCAGCACCAUGCAACAUGUUUGCCGCAGUGGAUUUGUGCAUUUUUGCACCUCCUAGUAAGUUGGAUUCAUCAAUGAAAGAUGAAGGAGUUAGGGUUUUUGUGUCUCUCCCUAAUGCUGCCAUGCCCAAAUUCAGGGAGGAGAUGGAAGCUCUUAGUCUUCUUAAUAACAUUUGAACCCAAUAAUAUAUCUUAGGAAUGCAUGCAACAUAUAUGGAUAUGUAAGAUCUGUUAAUCAUGUUUGUUUCUUCUUUAAGUCUUUUUGUUUAUGUUUAUUACGUGGAAUAAGGCAUGGUUGUGCUGUGGUUAUUGUGUUUGAUGUUUAUGAUAAUUUCUUUCAAUAAAAAUGAAAUUUUGUAUUUA